UAUCAGAUAAUUCAAGUCUGUUUUACUUUUUUCUUGGCUACAAUUAACAGUCCUAGUUUCUAUUAAAUAUUUUGUACAAUUGACUAGCUGCCACGAUGUGGGAGGAACUGGAAAAAUAUCGCAAUCAUUUUCUGCAACACGAAAUUAAAGAUGUCAUGAAGCCGAGUUCCAUCAACUGUCAACAGAACAAGGAAUGGGACAAAUUUAUGAAGAAACGUGACUGGUGCAAGCGAUAUCCACAGCGCUGCGCAGGGAGCUCCACCUACUUUGAGGAUCGUGCCCAGCUGGCCUACGGCUGGUUUGCGUUGCCCAAACUAAUGAAGGAAAUCGACAGCGAUGUGAAUUUGACUCAUUGGCGCGCUAUUGUUUCACUGUCGGAGUUUCUGCUCAAUCCACUCAAUGCCCAGCGUGCCAUACUCGAGAUGGACCUAGUGCGAAAAGUAAAGAACGCAUUCAUGCGCAUGCGAUUGAAAUUUCACGAGCAGCACUACGAAGAAGUUGAGACAUAUUUAAAGAUAUUUAACAUACUCUCGCGCAAUUUUAAUGGCGCAGAGCAUAUCGCAAAUCGCAAAUGUUUAAUGAUUGAGUUCUAUAAAAUUAUUAUGGACAAGGAGCCCCGCAAGGAAGAUCUAACUGCCGAGAUACUGCGCAAUCUGACGGGCAAGCCGAAGGUGCUUGGCAUUGUGCUAGCCGAAGCCGAGAACUUGGAGUCAGUGGCAAAUAUCUUUAAGCUGGAUCCUUGCCAGCCGUUGUAUCCGCCACACCUGUGGCAUCAUCUCUGCCACAUGUUGGAGGUGGCUCCCGAGCAGGGCAUUGAGCUGGGAUUGUUUGAGUUCCUGCACUCGCGCAUUAGGAAUCGCUUGGCAUACUUUUGGGACAUGAACUGCAAGGCCUUUGCCCUGCUGCUGCGCUGCGCGGAGGGCCAGCGUCUGUUCGAUGAGGCGGACGGCGUCAAGCUGAUCUACGAUGUGUUCGAGGAUGUGUACAUCAAGCAGUCCAAGAAGCUGCACUUCCAGCACGUCGAGAACUAUGAGUACAUUGUCCUGGCCCUGCUCAACGGACUGCACAGCAAGCGUGCCCUCUGGCGUAGCCGCGAGUUCACCAUGCUCACCUGCCACGUGGGCCGCCGCAUGGCCUCCAAAACAAAUCCUCACCUGCAGCUCUACUGCCUCAAGGCGCUGCGUGCUCUGGGCGUGAUGCCGUGCACCAAGCGCUACAUCAUCGGCAACUGGCUGGACGAGGUGCGCGAGCUGGACUGCCUGGAUGCGGAGGCGGAGUGCGCCCGGGACGCGCUGCUCGAUUGGCUGCGUUCCGACAUUGCCGACAGCAGCAGCUGAGCGAGUUGAUAUUUCAUUUAUUAAUUUAAUAUAUUUUGGAUUGUAACUUUCCCAAUUACAUUUGUUCAAAU